GCUCGAUCUUUUGCUCUAUAAAAUCCACAGUUUCUUGAAAUGUUCACCAACGUUCAAAGGCAGGAAGAGCGUACCGGCAAAUAUGGAACUCCGAGGGUGCAAUACCUUCAGGAGCUAGUGUCUCGGUUUCAAAAUGCAUCAGAUGAAGCUUAAUGUUAUAGAGCUUUUUCUGGAUUGUUUAACUGAGCCUAAUGAGAAGCUUGUGGAAUUUGGUGUUGGAGGGAUCUGUAAUUGUUGUGCAGAUCCUACUAAUGCUGCACUAGUAACUCAAAAUGAUGGGAUACCACUCGUUAUACAAUGCCUAUCAAGUCCUGUUAGAAACACGGUGAAUUAUGGACUCGGUGCAUUGUAUUAUCUCUGCAACGCUUCGAACAAGGAAGAAAUCUUGAAGCCAGAAGUAUUAGAUGUGAUCAGAAGGUAUGCUGCAGCCAAGGAGGUUAGUGUGAGCUUCAGUAACCUGGCUCAAGCUUUCUUGGAUAAGCACGUUUCAGAGCCGAAUCAAGGAAAUAACUGAAUGAACUAUACAACCACUCCUCUUCAUACUGGUUAUUCAAGAUGUUGAGUGGAAGGGCAGAACCAAUAUUAUAUUAAUAGGGAGAAUUCGUCAAAAAAAAUGGGCAAUGAAUAAUGAAAUGCCAAAACAAAAGCAGCACUUUUUGUGAUCUAAUUAAGAACUAAUAGUGCCAUUGCCAAUUGUAACGCCCACCGACCACUAUCACAGGUCGGUGGAGUGUCGCCAUCGGUCAUCAACAUUCACUUGCGUUGACGGGUGGUUUACCACCACAAUCCAUCGUCACAUUCCUACCAUUCACGCUUACAUUGUCAAACGCUUAUUUGGGGCAUAAAAACAAUGCCACUUU